CAAUCCCAAAUCUGAUCCACGUUGACGCCUCGCCGUGUCUUUUGAGACUGUCAAGAUGAGUGGUCAUCACACGCUUCCCAGCACCAAGCAGCUGACGACACGAAUGGCCUCUAGCGGUCGCAACUUGCCUGCCAAGGCGCAAACCAUGCAGAAUCUGCAGCAUAUAUUGGCAGCUGCCAAGAAGAACAAGCCCGUGACCCGCGUAGAGAAUGCGCGGAUGUUGAGGGCAAAGUUUACCGAGCUGCAGGAUUCUCCUGACGGAGCAGAUUUAGAUCCGCUGACAGUCCCCAAAUGUGUGGAGUGCAAUCACUGUGGCUGGCCAGUCUAUCCUCGGGAGUCCAAGGUAGCAACCAAGAAGACCUUCGCACGAGCCGGCAUAGAUAGAGGCUCGAAAAAGGAGGAGGAGGCCAAGCGGCGUGCAGCCAUCCAGGCAGCUAUAGAUGCCGGAGAGGAAAUUCCUGAAGAACUGCUCAGACAAGGAGAACCUGAAGGGCCAGCUGCCAGUGAAGCAGAUAGCAGAGACACCGUGGAGCGCAUGGCAGAUCAGCUCCAGGAGUUGGAAGACCGAAACCAGCAGUUGGAGAAGCAGCUGGAGGAUUUGGAGAAUCAAUCCAAGACACUAGUGGACGAGCGCGAUAGACUUCAAGAAGAGCUUGACGAUGCUACUGACAGGAUCGAGUACAUGGAAGAAGCAGAACAAAGAUGGCGAGACAAGGUUUCAAAGUCUCGGAUUGAGAACGACCGCCUCCUCCAGGAGCUGGAGCGAUCGAGCUUUGUCAGCUCAGACCGAGAAGGUGGUCUGAUUGCUUCGCUGCUAGAUGCCAGACAGCUUAGGGAAGUGAUCGCCGUGAUGAAGCGGCGGAGAAGACUCAUGCUCGCCAAGAUGCAGAAUGAGCUGAAAAAGAGACAGGAAGAAGAUGAGGUCAAGACAGUGCUAAAUGCCUGGAAAAUCCGCAUCAUGAAGGAAAAAUUCCAGAGGCAACUGGACGAUCUGGAUGCCAGACGGAGGAAGGAGGUUCGAGAGCUUCAAGAGCAACUGCUGGCCGAUCGUACUCACAUCAGUGGACUUCAGGCUCAUGUGGAGCAGCUCCGUGGAAAGAUUCGCCAAGCAGCUCACCGGAUGAUUGAACGAUCGCUUAGCUCCAAAGCAUGGCCCUUCGCACAAAGUCAUGCUCUACGUGCAUGGUGCGGAAUCCAUCCAAGCCUGGUCCUGGAGAAUGAGUUGGAGCGAACGCGCAAGAAGCUAAAGGAGACUGAAGAAGCUUUGGUUGAAGCCAACUUGCGCUGUGAUGCUCUUCAAGCUGAUCUUGACAAGACAAUUGGAGAGAGAGAUGCACUGGAGCAAAGGAUCGAUGGAGUUCUGGCGGAGAUGGAAUACAUCAAGGAGGAAGCAGGCCUUGAUGAAGAGUCCAUUGCCAGAAGAAAAGCUGCUCAGAAGGCUCACGAGGAUGAAUGGCAUCGCAGACUCAAAGAGGUGCAGGACAAGCUAGAUGAGCUGCAAGAGAAGUACGACAGUGAGACGGAAUCACUUGCCAAGCAGCUCAAGGCAGUGCAAUCGAAACUUGCGAUCACACAAGAUGCUUUGAAUGCAACCUCAGCGCGCCCUGGAAGUGGGUCGGAUCCAGAUGCCUUCCGGGUGGUUCCCAAUGGGCAAGGAAUUCUUUGCUGUGGCUGUUUAAAGCAGAUUGUUCUUCGAGAUGUGACGCCCUUGCCUCCCAAAAGUGCGAUGAGCGCAUCAACGCCGGACCUGGAGACGGCAAGACGCGCAUUCUUCAAGAAGGGCCUUGGUGGAAGACUUCAGCAAGAUGACAAGUUCCAGAAUAUGGUGUGGAAUGAUGCCAAAGAUCCAUAUCGCCUUUCGAAGCUUGUUGCGGAGCCAGAGUUCCAGGUGAUUCGAGAACCAUCCAGCCCAAAGCCUGAUGCUUCUCCACGACCAGGUCUUCCUGCCUUGAAGUCGAAAUCUGGACUUGUUUCGUUGAAGAGUUCAAUGAGCGUUCGAAGUGGCAGAGUGCUGAACUGCUGCCUCUCCACUUGUGAACAGGUCAUACCAGAUCCACCUGCAACAAACAUUCCUGUGCUUCCGCUUCCUCGAAGAGGAGCUGUACCAGGAGUGCUUGAGCUGGUCACAUGA